AACAACAUCGGUGUGCGGAGCUGCUAUCAACACAUCGAGCAUCAAUCAAGUGUGAUUAUUUUUCUAUAGUUAUUGUUCGUCGUUUAAAUUUUAAUCGGUCAUGAGAUUUUGAGCCUGUGCGUCUCGUUGCCAUUGCAAUUUUUUCAAAAUCCUCGAUAGCAACAAAUAAUUCGGAUAUGGUGCAGAACAAACCGAUUCGUUAGGUUAUAUUUUUAUACUGUGUUUUGUAAAUUUGUAAUUAUAUAUAUGGGCAGUUACAUCAAUUAUCAUGGAAGAGGUUGAUAAGAUCAUCAUACAUUCUUUGCGUCAAAUAGGCUGUGAUGUAGAGGAGAAUAUAUCAUCCUUAUCUAGUUUUAAUACUGAACUCGUUGUUCAAGCAACUGUAAGAUGUUUAGAAAUUAUAAAACCAGAAUUAGGGAUAAACCCUGUUUUACCAGAAAAUAUGGCAGCAAGAUUUCGAAUAGGCAUGCUGUUAGCUCAAGCUGUUACGGAUCUUGGAUACAAAGGUGACGUUGGAUAUCAAACAUUUUUAUAUAAGUCUGAAGCUGAUUUACGUCGAGUACUAAUAUUUUUAAUUGAGAAAUUUCCAAAAGAAAAUGAUAAAACUAUAAUAGAACCUAUAACAAAAAGUGAACAAAUUGAUAAAUUGGUUUCAACUUCUGUAUCAUCAAAACUUUCUGUUCCAUGGCUACCAUAUUAUUGCCACAAAAAAAGAUCCAAAUUUGAUGUCAGAGCUAGCAACCCAUUUUCAACAAUAAAUUUAAAUUUUCCUAAAAGUGAAGACAAUGAAGAGUAUAAAGAUUAUGCAAUACAUUAUGAGAAAACUUUUUUAGAGCAAGUUCCACAUUCAAAGAAUUUUUUGCCUUCAAUCAUUGCAGCAAAUAGCAGAGAAGAACUAAAAUAUUGCAUGACAACUGAAGAAAAAAUUGAAUGGUUGAAUCAACAAAAGUACGGAACAAAGAGCGAUACAUCAGAUUGUGAUAUUUACUCCUUAGAUAGAUUAAUAUCUCAGAUGGGCAUUCCAGGAUCCAAAAGUAAUGGGGACUUAGCUACAUCUGCGUCUAUAAGUCCAGAAGAAGAGAAAGAGGAUGAAAAUAUUAUCAGAGAAAAGAAACUCAAAGUAGAAUCUGAUAAAUUAAAAUCUACCAUUGAAGAAUUGCAAACUGAAAUUACAAAUAUAGCUUUUGAAAUUAAUAAAAUGACAGCCAUGGAAGAAUCAGAAGCCAGAAAUUUAACGAAUCAAGAACAAGAAAGUAAAUACAAACUUAAGGCAUUUGAAUUACUUGAGAAUGGGGGAGAAAAUGUUAACAAACUGGAAACAGCUAUUGAAGCACAAAUUAAUAAAUUAAUAAAUUUAGCUAAUAAAUGGGAAAAGCAUAGACUUCCUUUGAUAGAACAAUAUAGAAAAGAAAAAGAAAAAUAUUCAUCUGAGGCUAGUGCAAGUCAGAAAAAACUUGAUGAGUUGCGAGCUUUAAGAGUUAAAGAACGAGAACUAUUUGAAGAAUGUAAAAAUAAAGAACAACAGUACUCACAACUUGUAAGUGAAGUUCAAAAAUUGCCAAAAGAAAUUAACAGAGCACCAUACACUCAGAGAAUACUGGAAAUUAUAAACAAUAUAAAGAAACAAAAAGAUGAAAUUGAUAAAGUAUUAGCUGAUACCCGUGAAGUACAGAAAGAAAUUAAUACUCUUACAGGAAAGUUAGAAAGAUCAUUUGCCAUUGUCGAUGAUAUGAUAUUUCGUGAUGCACGUUCAAAUGAUAUAUCGAAGAGGGCAUAUAAAUUACUUGCUACAUUGCAUGGAGAUUGCAAUGAAAUUGUUAGUUUAGUUCAAGAAACUGGGGCAACUAUUAGAGAAAUUAGAGAUUUGGAAGAACAAAUUGAAUCAGAGUCUUCGAAAAAUAUUGGGCCUAAUUUGGAAAGAAUUACAGCUGAUUUAAAACAAAUGAGACAAGAAACUGCAGCUUUGAAAGCUCAACUACAGAAUAAAAUUUCAUGAUUGGGAAUCACUUUGAUAAAAACUUGUUCCAAUGCAUCGCAAAUAAUAAUCACUUCAUUGCUAUUGAUCUUGGCGUGUCUCUUUGUACAACAUAUGGGCGUAGAAAUCAUGUUGUGCCUUCACACAAUAACUCAAAAUUAUUGCAUAAUAACAGUUUUCAUACUGUAUGUUUCUCCUAUGCACUAGAGCUUGAUACAUAAGGUAACCAUCAUUUUUACUCACCCAUGUGCAUGAAUAAAUAGUUCAUAACGUGUAAAUAAUUUUUAUACAUAUUAUGAAAAAUUUAAUCUAAUAAAAUAUGGAGGACUAAUUUGACGUAAUUGAUACAUAUAAGUUAAGUAAUAUUUUUUGUUAAUACAUUGUACAACUGCUUCUAGUACUGUAAACAUAUAUUUUUUGACUUGUAUGUAAAUAUUGAACAGUAACUAUACAUGAAUGUAUAUAAAAAAAAACGUAUUUUAAAAAUGAAAAAAAAUGAGUAAAACA